GUAAAACUCAGGCGAGGACAUCGGUGACCGAAAGCCCAAAUGGCGACCGCGAUUGUGCCAUAUCCCUCUUCGCCACCGUCAGCUUCUUCCGCCUCCGAUUCCGAGACCUCCCCCACCAAGCCUACCGUUCCAUCUCCGCCGCAGCAGGUCGACGCUGCUGCAACCGGAAACGGAGGACUCAAUGCUGCCGAGCAAAAGCCCGUAUCAGAUGACCAUUUUGCGAUUCUUGAUCACCCAGAAACUAUUGAGAAGAAUAAGAAAUAUGAAGCUGACUAUACCCGUCUAUUAAUGGCAAAGUACUUCUCUAAGAAGAAUAUUUAUGGAGGGGACAUCUACGAUGAGACAACAACAAUAAAUAAUGAGACUAUAUUGUCGAGCAGGUGGCCUUUCACUCAAUCAUAUGCAGACCCAACACAUGGUUUUGAGGGCCAAGCCAGUGGUGGUUCAACUUCUGGAGAAGAAACACCUGUUGAUAUCUCAGAUGAGAAGCCCCUUCCCAAGCAGAAUAAUUAAUAAUACUUUGCUCUCUUUCUAAUAUGCUACUAUAUAAAUAAAAGUGGAUAUUGUAGGAAAACAGGUGAUGAGAAGCACUUAUAUUGAAAAGUUUCUGUUGUUUACCCUCCUGCGGUAUGUAGCUUCAAUGCUUCUAUACCAACAAUGUUGAUGAUGAUAAUGAUAGAACAAUUUUUUGUGCUGAAAAAUACCUUUGAAAUCU